CUUUGUGUUCAUUUAAUGAUAACAUCUUUCGUUGUUGUUUGCAUCUUAGAUGCGGAAGGCAUCCCCGUUGCUAGGUUGGAGGAGAUUGCGGAGAGAGCAUCCGACUUGGCCUACGACAAGCAGGACAAGGGACCCUACCAGAGUUUCAGGGAGUCGUUAGUGAAGGCCAUGGUCAUCAUGAGCAAGAUCAGCCAAGCUGUACAGGAAGGGGAGUAUGACUCCAACGUCCCCAUGGAUAAGAUUCAGCCUCCAAUAGCUCGGCGUGCUGCCAAGGUCAAGUCUGAGAUCUGUGACUCGGAGGGCCUGGGCCACAAACUGGAGCUGAAAGACAGCGAACUCAAAGACCUGAAACGACAGCUCAAACUCAAGCAAGAGGAGGUGAGUGCCAACGCAGUCCGUCUGGGCCUGGUGGAGAAGAAACUGGAGAACGCCAGCCGAGACGGGGACGACAAAGUCCGCAAAGUGGAGAGGGAACUCGCCCAGCAACAGGAGGCGCUCAAGAAGAAAGAGAGGGAAUUUGAAGACACCCUGGAUCACAUGCAGUCGGACAUCGAUGCCCUGGAACGGGAAAAACAGGAACUGAAGCAACGACUGACCCAGGUCUCCAAGAAAGCGCUGUUUGAGAGCCUGACCAGCAAAACAGCGCCCUCGGGCAUCGCAGCAGUGGUGGCAGGAGCGGCCGGAGGCAAUCAGGGAGGAACGUCACCAACCAGUCCCACAGGGGGCGGUGUGCCCAUGGGCGGUCAGGUCGUCAUCAAGGACUCACCCAUGCUGGUCCAACAGAUUGAGUCUUUGAAGCAUGCCUUAUGCAAAGUGAAAGGGGAAAACACGCGCCUCAAGUCUGCUGAUUUGAAGCGGAUCAUGGACACCUUAACCCCUCUGCACGUGCCCAAGAAGCCGACAGGGCUUGCCAGCCCCACGGGCUUUGUGGCCUUGGUGCCUGCCGCAGAGACUAGUGAAGCCCCGCCAGCAGAGGGCACCCCUGAUGUCCCCGCAGCCACUAUCGCAGAGCCGCAGAAGGACGUGACCAUUCUUGCCAGGAGAACAAGGAACUUGCUCCAUGAAUUGCAUCGUCUGAGUGCCAGCCCCAAAGUGGUGGACAUUACUCAUCGUAAGCCGGGCGUGGUCCCGGCCAUUGACAAGGCCACGCCCCUCCACCAACUGGUGGACAAGGUGGCCGGCGUCCAGCAGCUGAACACCAGUAUAGCACAGCUUCAGAGUGAGAUCCGAGCACUGCUGUCCAGCCAGCGACCAGGGGCCCAGGCAAAGACCGAUUUCUCAGUCUUCCCAUCAACCGACUUCUCCAAGGCACAGACUGAGAAGAUUGGUGCCCCGCGCAUUGGCAAGCUGUCUAUUCCCCUCAUCGGUGACCAGCAGGCUUGCAGCUACUCGGUCAGCCUACAGCAGUCCCAGCUGCGUAGGGUUCACUCCCAACUCAUGGCCUGAAAUCCUGGAGCUGUUUGGAGUAUCACAAGCCUAUUUAUUAGAAUAAUAGAAUUCUGUAAUGCAGCCAUAUUAGUUUGGUAUCCUGUGGUAAUAAUGGAGAUCUCCAGCGAGUGGGCCUUUGCAUUACUGGCACCAGUCUGAUUGUGGGGAUUUUUCGAAACCCGGCUCUGUCUGUGUCUUUGGCUUCAUCCCUAGUUUCAGAAGCAAACCAUAUGAAAAAACUGUACUGUACAUUGUUGCCUCAUACAGCAUUUUAAUGUUCCUGAGGCAGGCAUAGACUGAUUUUAAGCUAGAGUCUACAGACAGUCUGGGCCAAAAAUCUCCUGAAGCCAAUUAAACCGCGACAAAACCCAAAGUUUAGAAAAACACCCUUUUUGUUCACGGCUACAAAUAUUUGCAGUAGUUUGCAGUUGCAAUUACCGUAGCCUAGCCCCCCCAAAAAAACAAUUCAGAUGUAGCCAUAAUUAGAUAUAGCUGCUCUAUAUAAUCAAGCUUUAUACAUUGUUAUCGUCUUUGCUUCUUGUGUUAUCCAUCAUUGUUGACAAAUUGUUUGCAUGGGUAAAAAUUAUGCUUCUGCGACCAGUUAGCAACCCGAACGUGAAUUUGUGACGUAAUGGACCGUAUUUGUGUUGUGAAUUUGCAAGCAUAUUUCACA